AUGGGAAAGGUUGAGGUUUGGGAACUUAGGGAGAGCUCUUCUGAAAAUUUAUACUACGAAGAGUCUGAAAGUUCCUACGUAGAACGAGUAACAGAUGAAACAGAUGAGGAGAGAGCAGUGGACCUGUUUGAGACCGAUUACACAAGACUAAGAGGCUCAGAUUCCGAGAAUACUGAGGAGGAGUCUGAGUUUGAAAGUGAGGAGUCAGUUUCUGAAGAUUCUGACAAUGAGCAACGGGAACAGUUUAAUUUACUUCAGUAUUUCAGGCAGUACAGUCAGCAGAGUGGCAAGUUUUACGAUUUCGACCGUGCUCCUAGACACUGGAACGGCGUCUUUUACAUCACCUCUGCGCAUAAUUUAGAGUCUGUGGCUCAGAAUUUCUUUUACUACAUUGAAAUUGGCCGAAUUAAUCCCAACGCCCAGUCGAGGUAUAGUAAAAAAAUUUAUACUCCGCUGUAUACCCUGGGACCUGGAGAAAGUAUGACAUUGUCCAGCCCAAGUAAGAUAAUUUAG